GUUUCCGUGGGAUUCCAGUGCAGCAACAUGCUGACGGCUCUUCCCAGCGCAUUCCUGGAUCGGCUCCUCUCUGCCGCCCUCAUGGAAGAUCCCGAAAUCCGCCUCUUUGUCCUGGAAAUCCUCAUCAGCUUCAUCGACCGCCACGGGAAUCGUCACAAGUUCUCCCCCAUCAGCACCAUCAGCGACGUCUCCGUCCUGAAGCUGAAGGUGGAGAAAUGUUCCCGCCAGGAUUCCGUCUUCAUGAAGAAGCACGGGCAGCAGCUGUACCGGCACAUCUUCCUGGUUUCCAAGGAGGAGAACAACGUCCGGGCUCACUACGAGGCCCUUUACGGGCUCCUGGUGCUGCUCAGCAUCGAGUUGGCCAACGACGAGGUGCUGGUGGAUCUCAUCCGACUCGUCCUGGCCGUCCAGGUGCACGGGAACGCCCGGAAUUUCCGGGAUUUCUGGGAUUUUGGGGAUUUAAGGGAUUUUCGGGGUCUCUAG